UAGGUGAUCGCUACUGGUCGUAUCUCCACUGCGCAAUAUUAUCUGCGACAGGUUAUGGGCCCCGCCUGAACCACUAGCGGCAAAUCAAGAAACAUCGAACUACUCCCUUUACUAAGUCUUCAUCUCUAUCACCCUGUCAUCACCGAACGAUCCUCCUGUUGGGGUUAUCCUAUACCCUGUUAACUCUUGGACGACUUUCGGACACUCCUAUCUUCCCAUCGAAUCCAUCACCGGUGACAUCUAUCGGGUUGGUGAUAUCGACAAUCAGAACAGCGAUCAGGCGCAAGGAAAUUUCACCGUCGCGCUUCGUCUUCUGUUUGGAGAUCCUCCAUACGUCGAACCCACUCUUCUCCACCAUCACAUCGCCGACGUCAUCGAAUUUCUUCCCACAAUGUCCGGGAUAGAAAAGCUCAACAAUUCCAUCCUGAGCGUCUUUGACGGCACAAACUGGAACACAUGGUCGGACAACUAUAUGAGCAUAUGCAUGCAUCAGGGCACUUGGGGGGUUGUGAAACCCUCUUAUAUCAUGGUUAACGGCACACCAGCUGCAAACAUCGGUGCAGUCGAACGUCCUUCAACUGCUGGGGACUCCCAAAAUCAAUGGGACGUUGCCAAUGAAAAGGCACUGGGUCUUGCGCGGGUUUAUAUUACCCAAAAUCUGCGCAAGGGAAUCUUUAUGGACGGUCAGCGGGAGCGCACUGCGCGCGAAGUUUGGGCGAAAAUGGCGACGGAUUAUGGCCAGCCAAAUGCCAUUGAUGCUUUCGUCGAGUACCGCCUCCUGAACACCACCACCUUCCAUGGUGGUGACACCAUUGAGAAGCAAAUCAUGGAAAUGGAGACUCGUCGUCGCCAGUGUUCGGAAGGAGGAAUCGAGAUCCCCGACUACCUCUUCGCAACUCUCAUGCUCGCCGCCUUACCCGCUUCCAGCAGAGGUUUCGUCACCUCUUAUCUGGCCAAUCGUCCUAUUGCUUCCUUGAACCCAGUCGAUGUCAAGAACAGCGUCAUAGGGAAUAUCAAGAUCAAGAACCUCGACACGACGUCGAACUCGAAGAUUUCCACCGUUCCGUCCCUCGCCACCCGCUGCACUCAUUGUAACAAGUCCGGUCACGUUGCGGCAUCCUGCUACAAGAAGUAUCCCAACCUCAAGCCUACUGGUCAAUCUUCUGACAAAGGCAAGGGGAAGCAGGAUGAGGGGAAGAAGAAAAAGAAGAAGGAGAAGAAGAAUAGUGGUGAUGGUACCAGCACUGUAAACAACAAAGAGGUUGUAGCCGCUCCCGCGGUUGCAGCUUCUUCUUCUAAUGGAAUGCACUUCUCGUCCUA